GCAAGGAGCGGGCUACAGCGGAAAAACUAAUCUCUGUACACCGCAAUUGAUUGCCGUCAAAGCCAUUAAAGUGGCGACAACAGUAACAGUGGUUUAUAACACCGCAAAACAUCCUAGUUCGUUCGAGAACACCAGAGAAUUAUCUGAGUACCUCAUCUCCACGAGAUUCCACCAAGAUACCUCCACGAAACACCGCCCCGCCAACAUGGUCUUCCGCGCAGUCUUCGCCAGCCUUGCUCUAGCCCUUGCCCUUUCGCGGGUAUCCGCUGGUCCAGUUCCCGAGGCCAUUCCAGCGGCCGCCGUCUACUCCGACAUCGAGUACCAGGGCACCACCGCCCGGAUCCCCGUCUCCGACAGCUGCGUCGACCUGACGAUCGUCAACAACGGAAUGAACGAAACUGCCGGCAUUGGCUCGAUGGUGAUUCCCGGCCCAGAGAUCACAUGCAGCUUCUAUGAGACAUGCGACUGCUCCGGCGGCACUUUCGGACAGGAGUUCCAGUUCUCGGCGUCGACGCCUGAUGUCCGCCAGCAGUAUAGGGAUCUCGCACAGCUGUCGAUUGACAGUAUCAAGUGUAAGAGUGUAAAGAAUUUUAGCUAGAGUCGUGGUGGGGGUGCAUAGAAGGAUCUGGGCAGCAGGGUGGGAUCCAGGAAUGUGUCGGCUUGGUUGAUGAAAAAAAUAUAUAUUUGUUUGACAGUCGGGUACAGUCUGACGGGUGAAUGGGCGAACGGUUACCGCGUUCGCAUGCAGUAUCUUACCCAUUUUAAAGAUCUUAAUAUACAGCUCUUAGUGGAUGAAAAACUUAU